AUGUCGCAAUUGGCAGGAGGCUUCGUGCCCUUGUCACCACCGCCUUCCUCGGUCGCGUCCUCGGACACGCCAAACUCGCUACCGCAACCUCGACGAACUCCCCUCAAACCUGGCGGUACGAAAGAGUCGCGCUUGAUCCGCCAUGUCGACCAACAAUUACUGCACAUUCAACGACGCUUCGCAAAGCGAGAUCCUGCACUCGGACAUGAGGGCGUGCGAGAAAUGGACGAGGAGGGCAGGAUGAUUGAACAACUCGACGAUCCAGCCACAGAAAAGAGAUUGCAACGGUCAGAAGAGUGGAAUGAUGUACAAGGCUACUCUGGCUUUGCUGAAGCUGCGAGAGAUGUGGAAGAGCUCAUUGGGGUCAUUUGGGUCAGUGGUACUCCAGCACUGCAGGUCCCGUACUUGAUCAACAUGGCUCUUCUGGUCAAUACUAUGAUUCCUGCUUUUCCACUCGCGCCAAAGUCUCUGUUCCGUCUGCUGGGCAAGCUAGAUCAUGCCUUCGCUUCGUUGCUUGUAGGCAGAGAUGUUGCAUCCGACGAGCCGUUGCCUGGUUUCAACACAGGUCGCGGUGUCAGUGGCACGGAAAAGGUUCGCAUAAAGAGCUUGGUCGAGAGGACACGGAUAUGCGUAGUGGAGGUUGUCAACAGAGGAGAGUUUGACGAGGACGAUGACGAUCCUCGGCCGGAUUCACCGGACGACACAGACAUGGAGGGUGACCUGAUCUUGGACGACGAUGGACCAGAGGACAUCAACGUCGACGGCAUGGAUGACGAUGACGACUGGAAUAUGCAAGUUGCUCGGGUAUACGACAAAACCUUGGUCGAAAUGGGCGACACCAUGGAUGGUUUGCCAAUUGGUAUUAGGACUGAAGCUAGGAUGGGCACUUGA